AUGGAGAACUUGUUGCCAAUUUCGAAUAAAAUACUGUAUAAGGACAAAGACGCAAUCGCUGCCCCAACAUCGGGACUGGAUCGCAUAUGCCAGAACCUGCAAUGUCGGACGCCACAUCGCACCGGUUUCUAUUUCGCUGGACCCGCUUUGGAGGGAACCGACUGUGGCAACAGUAAGUGGUGCGUGGGUGGCAGUUGUGUGAAGCAGAGGAAAAAGCCCGUUCAAGUCGUUAAGGGAGGUUGGAGUGAUUGGGUCGUAGAGGAUUGCAAUUCCGGUUGUUUGGAACGAUCGAAAGGUUUCCAGCAGAGGACCAGGCGUUGCGAUAGCCCGAAACCGGUUAAUACCGAUGCAGGCUGCGAAGGAAGUACUUUUGACGUUGUGGUUUGCGAUGACAUGAAACUGUGUUCUCACAGACGGCAACCGAUUGAAGUGUACGCGAGCGUGAGAUGUAGGGAAUUUAGUAAAUUACUGUCUAGACUUGAUCCAGUUGGAUACGGGAUACAAGGACCCUACGAUGGACACAGACUUUGGAUGAGUUGCGCUAUUUAUUGCAAACGAGCAGAUGCCGAUGCUUAUUAUGCGCCGCGUUUCGAUCUGAACGAUUUGGGAGUCGACUCAUACUUUCCGGAUGGCACUCUCUGUCACUCUGACGGAACGACAAAUUAUUACUGCCAGCAACACCAUUGCUUGCCGGAGAACUUCAAAACUUCAAAGAUAUCAAUUUGGGUGCUGACGGAGGACAUUCCAAUCCCGGGCAAUGCACUUCCCAUACGAACGCAGUACUUGGACAGUGAACUAUUCAAAUAUCUCUCGAUAGAUCGUAAUCGAAAGCCUCUGAUCAAACAUUGGAACUACACACCGAUUCCACACGAGGAUGACGGCGAAUGGUCGGAUAUGGACUAUUUGGAACUUCCAGAGGAAGUUCGAAAGGCGGCUCAUCGUCAGCGGUAGCUGAAAAGUAUCAUAACAAAAACGUGCACACUAACUAAUUUCUCGUGAAUAAACAUUCAUUAUUUUA